CUUUCCAUGAAUGAAGUUCUCGCAGUCUACCCCGCCCCAACCACCCCGAGGCCUUUGCUCGCUUCCUCCCAGGCUGACUAUAUAGCCGCCGCCCCAAUCCCUCUCUGCUCUUUCUCGAACGUUAACUGUUUCAUCGGUUGCUAUUUUCAUUAUCUUUUUACUUCCUUUUUUCUAUUUUCGUAUCUUUCUUAUCCUAGAUUGGCUGGUCCAAUCGACAAACAUAACAUCACAAACAAUAAAAAUACCAUUCUUCUUUCACCGACGUCAAAGAAUUUGCUUGUUUUCCUCUAAGAGAUACGUUUGUUGAUCAAUCGUAUCUUUUCUGAAUUAAAUAAUACACCGCACUUUGGAUCUGAUUUCCCUGGUGGAUAUCCGUCCUCACGAACUCCAUACUUCAUCUAUUUAAUAUCGGUCUUUUUGAGAAACUCAUCAAAAAUGUACGCCGCACGCGCAGCCAAGCCUAAGCUGUCACUCAGCAUUUCUGCUGCCACAAACACUCCUCGUCCCGUUCUCUCUCUGCGAUCGCCAGCUCCAAUACCCCGAACACCAGUCUCGCCUUCACCAAUGAGCCCAGCUUACUCGCGAGACAUGAGCUUCCAGGUGCCGCAGCCCUAUGCUUACACCAACUCGAGCACGUCCAAGAGUAUUCUGAAGAAGGGUACCAAUUCAGCUGCUUCUUCGGCAACGCGCUCGAGUAAGAAGGCUAUUCAGUUUCAGAAUACGCCGACAGUCUACUGCGUCACGCCUAUUGAGAACAAAGAUGAGUACUAUGGCGGUUAUGCGAAAAUGUCGCGUGAGGAGAGGCGGUGGGUGUCAAGGUCGUGAAAGGGAAAGGAUUUUCUUGUUUCCAUGCUGGCGAGCAAGAAGCCAUAUUUUUUCUUUACCCAAAUGAGAAACGAAGACAAAUGACGAGUUAGCCUCGCAUCGCCUCUUCUAUCGUGUCCGGCUCCGAGUGAUACCUUGACAUUGGAUAAUUAAUAUUUCUUUCAAAAAGACCUCGACUUUGCUCUGGCAAAUGAAAAGAGUGAUACUGAAGGCGUAUGGAAACUCUGUUUAUCGGAAAUCAUGUAUACAGUGCAGAAUUAUGACAACAAAAAGACAAGGCAAAAACACCUAAUGACUUGAUGACAAUUUAGCUAUUUCAAUAUGACGCUUCUUACCUAAUA